AUGUCGCAACCGCCCUCACCCUCCACAGCGCCGCCGGGGUUGAAACGAAAACGUACAGCAGAACCAGAAUCCGCACUCCGGCCGCACCCAACAAACAACGAUUCGCAACAUGUUGGAGGCGGAGUAUACGUCCAAGUGCCCCAACCCUCAUCAUCAGCCAUGGCUGCAUACCACGCUUCCCAUCUCCCCUCUUCUCAACUUGGCGACUCACAGAUCUCCCUCCCCGCUUCUCUGUUCAGCAGCUCCCAACCGGCACCACCCAACCCAGUGCAGAGUGGAAGCGAAUACCUACCUUGCACUCAACAAGAUACUUCUAAUUCCACCGGCGCCAGCAUGCGUCCUUUACCUGCGAUAUCAGCGUCGGUGUUCGAGCCGUUUCUAGACGAUACUACUGGCUUGCAUCUUGAGUUCGCUGAGGACCGAAUUGCGCAAAAGGAAAAGCAGAGGGGGAGAAGGACAAGCGGUAAUGACGAUGGGCUUAGGGAGGGCGAGAGUAGUAGUCCCGUUCAAUCUUUUUCUCCGCCAGAGGCGGUCGAGGUGAGGCCGGAGGAGGUUCCGAGGAUCGGAACGUGGGUUUUGCCACCGUUGACAGCGGAAAAUAGCAAUCCCUAUGCAGAGGGAUAUGUUAGUGGAGAGGUCUUGAGUCAGAUUCCUGCACCUGCCUUCGAUCAUGACCAGGGUGGGGUUUGGGAACCAGCACUCACUUGUGCCCCUCCGCUCGCACCGUUGCAACAAGAAGCAGAACUAGAACCAAUCCCUUCACAACCAGAACCUCCGUCAUCCACACCGGCACUACCCGCGGCCCCCCUUUCAGCUGCACAGCAAACACAGCCAUCGACAUCCGCCUCCGCUUCAACAACUUGCUCAGGCGCAGCGUUGGUGGGAUGGUCAACUCUUCCCCGCCCCGAACUUGUUUCGUUGAUGCAUGCAUCCCCACACAUCCCAAGUUUCCUAAAAGACGAGAUAGAACGAUUCAUCUUCCGUGCCCAUCGCGCAUCCUUUUGCCGCUCCCAGUCUCAAUCGCAAUCGCAACGUUCCCCCCGCUCGCACCGUCGUCGGAGCAACUCGCAAUCGCAAUCGCAAUCGCAAUCGCAAUCGCAAUCGCAAUCGCAAAACGACGACUCAGAGACGCAAGAAGAUGGAUUUUUACGAACCAAACAAACUUGGGUCAUGGAUCUUCUCCUACUCCCCACCCCCUCCUCCACCCUCGAAUCGUUAGGAGAGCUAGGGGAGAGAGUGGGCAAGUUGACCCAGCAAUCUCAAUCGCAAGGGAGAGGAGGGGUGGCGGUGAUUUUGUUGUUGGAUACCGUCGGGGGUACGUUUGAGGUGCAUGAGUUGGAAGAGAGUUUAGCUGGUCUUCUGAGGGCGGAUCGAAGGUAUAGCGUGCUGUUCGACUGCAAUGGGAGGAAAUGGAACUCUUCUUCUUCUUCUUCUUUUUCUUCUUCGCAACUUCACAACACCCCUACAUCGGCGGUUGUUGGCGGUGUAGGAGAUUUGGAGAGUGCCAACGCGCAGAUAAUCCUACUUGAAUCCAAACUAGAAGCGGCAAAUAAAGAACUCGAAUCCUUAACAUCCAACAACAAGACUUUGCAAAAGCAAAGGUCAGAAGCAGAAGCACAACACGAUUUCUUACGAACCCUAUAUGAUCGAGCCUCUGCCUCAUCCACCUCUGCUCAAGCAAGUGCUGUGGCUGCAGAAGCACGAAUUGUUCAAUUGGAAGCGCAACUUUCCCAGGGACUCGCUCUACACUCUGCUGCUCUGCAAGAUGCUAUAGAGCGGUGGAAGAUCAAGAUGAUCAGCAUAGAGAGGCAGAGAGAGUUCGAGAGGAACCAGAAGGAGAUUACAGAGGGCCAGCAGGUGAGAAGAAAAGCAGCAUUGUGGGAUCAAUUCCAGGCGCAAGAAAGAGAUAGAGAACGCACGCGCGAGCAUAGGGCUAGCAUUAACCAUGAGAGACGCACGAAACUUGCUCGUCAACUUGGCGUUGAGGGGAUGGUGGCGGAGCAGGCGGGUAUGGGACCAUUUGCAAGACCAGGAGUGGGAGUGGGAGGCGCACAGGAGAUGGAUGAGAUGGAUGAACUUGCUGCGUUGGCUAGGGAAGCUGAGGAGGCAGGUGAUAUCCUGCCUACACCCAGUUCACCUUCUGCUGAAGGAAGAAGUAGACGCUCUCGUCACCCACCUCCCUCAAACACAACCCAAGCGGACCAAGAAAAAGCAAGGAGUUUCAACAGUUUCUCCAGCUCCAACCGCCCGCCCCCAACUGCAACUCUAGUCGCCGCUCAAGUCGAAGCAGCCAAUCUCAGCUCUAGCAAGGCUUUGGAGGAUUCAAGAUUGGAAUUGCAAGAUCAGUUUCACAUGUUUUCUUCCCUUGGUACACCGCAAACCGAGGUACAACAAGGCGCCAGUGCAAUCCAGUUGCCUGAUUUCAAUGCUGCUGCCAGUACUCUCUUUGCAGAUCAUACGCGAGAAGAGCAAGGCCUUUUUGUACAGCGUCAAGAUGGUCAAGGUGGUUGGGAAGAUGGAAUGUUAGUCGAAUCAGGUGACCUUGCCGCACUUGUGGGUAGCCAGAGUGUUUUACUCGAAGCCAGUUCUAGUAAUUUCACAGCGACCGCACCCACAGGAUCGGAAGAGGAUGGUCAAGAAAGCUCAGGAUCACAAUUGCAACCUCAUACACAGCCAUAA